AUGUGUGGAUGGGACCAAAGCUACUCGGCGACCUCUCAAAGCUCGGCCAUGUUGACCAGUGAGGGGGCGCACGCCAUGGACCAGGACUACACCCAGCCCGCCGCAAAGAUGGCGUCCACUGGCUCGGACGUCGUAAACCCUGAGUCGGACGCAGACGAUGAAGCGGACAUGACCAGCUGGACUGAAGCCGAAUUCGAGGAGAAGUGCACCUACAUCGUCAAGGAUACAGCGCGAGAGGCCGGGCCAGAGGGCGCCACUAGCGCAGCUGACGCUAGCGGCGUUAGGGCGCGUGCGUCGCUGCCCCGGAACCUCAUGUUCAAACACACAGCUGACGGAAAGGAGGUCGCGGGCGUGUGCAGCCGUGAGUACAUCCCCAAGGGAACCCGCUUCGGCCCGCUGGUGGGCCAAAUCUACACGGCCGAAAAUGUACCCAAGGACGCCAACCGCAAGUACUUCUGGCGGAUCUACGCCGACGGCGACUUCCACCAUUUUGUGGACGGUCUGGACGAGGCCCGCUCCAACUGGAUGCGCUACGUCAACCCUGCCCACUCGGCGGCCGAGCAAAACGUUGCGGCGUGCCAGAACGGAUUGGACGUGUACUUCUACACCGUCAGGCCCGUCCCGGCCGGCGCCGAGCUGUUGGUGUGGUACUGCCACGACUACGCGCGAAGGCUGCACUACCCGCCGUCUGGGGAGCUCAUGAUGCAGAAGCUUAAACGGUCGCUGUUGGAGGUGAAGCAGCAUCAGGCGUCGGACCCUUCGCCGCCCCCGCCCGCAGCCCCCAGACCCCCCAAGAGGGAGCACAGCGUCUUAUCCAUCCUGCGCGAUGUCCCCAAAAGCGAGCCGAGCCGACCGCUGCCCACCCGAGCGCGUUGCGCUUACAGUCCGGAGCGCCCUCUGUACCCACAGGCGCUCUACCCGACACUUAGGGGACAUCCUGAGGAUUUCCUCAAAACUGGGGGACUGGGGUACCCGCGUUCACCAGGCGACCAAUCCUCAGCGACGCCCAGUCCGUCAGCGAGGAGCAGCCCGGAAAGCAGCCCCCAGGGGAGCCCGUACGGAUUGAGUCCGUACCCCAGCUACUCGCCUCCGUCCGCCGCCCCGCUGUCACCCUUCUACGCCCCGGGGGCGCCCUACUCUCGCUACCUCCUGCCGCACCACUACGCACCCCCCGUGGGCGGCGUCUACCCCAGGAUGUACCCGCUCUACCUGCCGCCACACGUGCCCCUCCUGCCCUCGGACGCAGCCGGGCGGCGCUUCCUGAUGUCGGACGCCGCCCACCCGCAGAGGGACCUCCUCUUACCGGCUCCCACCAGCGCCUUUUCGGCCGCCGCGUCCCUCAAGGACAAGGCGGCCGCGCAUCGGCCUUACGCUGGCCUUCGCUCGCCGUCCACCGGGUGCCCGGCCGCGGGGGUCCCCGCCGAGCGGGUCCUCGGCAAACUGUGCGACUCGGACGAAGAGGCGGUCAAUCUGGUGAAGGUGAAGCGGGGCGUCGGUUCGGCAGGGUACAAGGCGCUGCCUUACCCGCUGAAGAAGCACAACGGGAAAAUCAAGUACGAGUGCAACGUGUGCACCAAGACCUUCGGACAGCUGUCCAAUCUUAAGGUCCACCUCCGUGUCCACAGUGGCGAGCGACCGUUCAAAUGUCAGACUUGCAACAAGGGCUUCACGCAACUAGCCCACUUGCAGAAACACUACCUGGUCCACACGGGGGAGAAACCGCAUGAGUGCCAGGUAUGUCACAAGCGCUUCAGCAGCACCAGCAACCUAAAGACGCACCUGCGCCUCCACUCUGGGGAGAAGCCGUACCACUGCAAACUCUGCCCGGCUAAGUUCACGCAGUUCGUCCACCUCAAGCUCCACAAGCGCCUGCACUCUCGCGAGCGCCCCCACAAGUGCCCGCAGUGCCACCGCCACUACAUCCACCUGUGUAGCCUCCGCCUCCACCUCAAAGGCUACUGCCGCACGUCCGGCGCCGAGGAAGUCCAACGCGCCAACGAGGAAAUCGAACGCUUCGACUUGAGCGAGCACGCCGAGCAACUGGAGCGGCUCCGGGGCGGCGCCGAGUUGGACGCCGUGCUAGAGAAGCAGGUUUUGGGGGCCGUGUGGCGCCAGACCUCCGUCAUCAAGGCGCGCCACGGACUGUCCGUCAAGCAGGAGGCGGAUCCUUUGCGUGUCCUAUGUAGUAAUAUGACAUUAAAAAAAAAAAAGAAAGAA